AUUGCUUUUCGAUUUUCACUGCGCUAUGCUGCGUUCAGUCUAAGCAAAAUCUUCGCCUGCGACGGACGCUUUCUGCUCGCUCGCUCUAUUCCUUCUCCGGUCGGGUCGUCGGUACGAAACCAAAGUAGCUGGGUGCGCGCGCGUUUUGUAGCAUCGAAAAUACUUUCUUUCGAUUUCGCGAUUUCUUUAUUUAUUUACUUUACGUGAUCAUAACUUUUCAAUUUGGUGAAAUGUCAUGAAAUUUUGACUGAAGACAUUCGCGAAUUUGAGGUGGUUUCUAAGCGCUUUUUUCUGUUUCCGUUUCCCAAUGUUCAACUGGGACACCAACUUUUGUGAGCAAAUACUAUUUUCUGUCCUCUGGAUGUUUUUGUUUUGUAACUGUUUAUUUGUGGUCGCAAAAAAUUUUUUUCUUCAACCCUAAAGUGGUAAAUCCUCGAAAACUUUAAAAAUUGUGAAAGUGAAAAAUAUUCAUUUAUGUGCACAUAAAACUAUUUUGAAAGAUACAGUUUACUGUUAACAGUCUAACGGUAAAAGUUUCAACAAAAAAAGUGACGUGAAACCAAAAACCCCAGAAAAAAUUUGUGAGAAAAAUUGUAAAAAGUGAAAAUUCGCCAAAAGCUUAAUGUUACAUUAGAAUGAAAUAAAUAAAUUAAUCGCAAGGUUAAAAAAAAAAUAAUUAAAAAUAAUAUUUAUACAAAAUUGUAAGUGAGUGUUUCCAGAAAAUUCUAACGCUAAAAGUGCUUUAAAAUUCCCAUCAACUGCAUUUUUCCCAAACUACGCCGAAAACGACAAUUGUUUUCAAAACUGCACCGCUAUAACUGUGCAAAUUUCACUUAGUGUUUAAUAAUUUUGUUGUUGCCAAAAUCGCUUGCGGCCAAUCAACUCAGAAAGUCCAGUUUUACGCCAUCAACAACACGCGCAGCCGACACAAGUUCAUAAGUACGAGCUGCAGCUUGGACUACGCCGCCACUUUGUCCAGCUACGGCGAAAAACAACAACAACACUUAGCACUGUGUGUGUGUGUGUGUGUGUGUGUGUGUAACGACUGUGACUUCAAAGUUAAACCGCUAAAACGUGCGGAAAUUGAAACUCGCUAUCAGCAAUUAGCAUUUCGGUGCAGGUUGCAGCGCAGUACAUAUUGGUCUUGGCUAGCUCCAUAAACAUACUCCAAACAACAACAGCAACAACAACAACAACCACUUUAUUCCAGCCUAAGAACUACAACUGCCUACAACUCAGCCAAAACUGCCAGAGACAGUACGGUAUUUAACGAACGAUUUCAUUCGACGAUUCGCCUGUUCAUUUGCUUCCUCCUGGCAAAAUACCAGUAUUUUAGUAAGGUUCACCUCCUCCCCCUUACCAAAGUUACAAACAGAUGGACCAACAGACUGGCGAUUGUGUGUGAUAUGUCGAAAAGUGCCGGCUUUGUGUUAUAGAAGCAAAAAAAAAGUGGGUUCAAAAUUUCCGCUUACCUCACUGCCUUGCACCCAAGUAUUGUACACACAGACGUUUGGCAAGUGAUGGCCUGCAAGUUUACGCCUUUGCCUACAACAAACGCAACGAAUUAGAAUACAAGAGAAAACGCACUAACAAAAAAAGAACUGCAAAUAUAAAACACUAAAACUGUAACAAAAGUUGAUGCAAAUAAAAGGAAUAAAUUAAAAAAAAAAAAAAAACAAUUUAUAAGCUGAAAAAUUUUUUUACCAAACAACUUACAAGCAAAAUAAACCGCAGUUAUUUAAAAAAAAAAAAUUAACCUAACAAAUCGCAAAGAAAGUAUUAAGACGCAACAAAAAAGCAAUAAAUAAUUCAUUAAAUUAAUAUAAAAGUUAAUAAAUGAAAAAUAAAUUCAAAUAAAAAUACUAAAAGAAAGAAAAUCGCGCACACAACCAGCAAAAUGUCAACGGCCAACAAUGAUAUUGUGAACGCAGAGGCCGCAGCGGCAGCCGCACCAGGCUCAGCGCUGCCAAUGUCGCAAAUUCCAGCAGCACCGACGCCAUCAAAUGAUCAGAAUCUGGGCUACUCACCAAUGAAAAUACGCAAAUUACGCAUCAUACUCGGCGCCAUAGCUGCGCUCGUACUAAUCGCUCUACUUGCUGUGGCGUUAACUUUCAUCAUCAAAGCUGGGGAUGAUGAUGAUGUGACGCCGCAGGAAAAGGAUAACGGCCUACACUUGGAUGAGGUCAUAUCGGGAGAAUUGUCAGCACAUCGCUUCAAUGGCACCUGGACACCACAAUCACGCAUACUUUUCCGGGAAAACAAUUCAAUUGUCGAAUAUGAUGUGAAGACGAAAAAGAAAAAGGUGUUACUAUACGAUGAACAUCAUCUAUACUCAAUGUUUGAAAAAUCCGCCGAUGGAGAACUUCUAUUAUUGGCGAAGAACUUAUCAAGGUACUUCCGUCACAGUUUCUUUGCACAAUAUGACAUCUACAACACCACUUCUGGCCAAAUUCUGCCAUUAAUGAUCAAUGGCGUCCAACAACUGCUGCUCUUUGCACAAUGGGCACCCGUCGGCAAUGGUAUCAUAUUGAAUUUCGAUCGUAAUCUCUAUUACAAGCCAACAGCUUAUGCAGAGGCAACACCCAUUACAAGUGAUGAUAAUGUAGCCAUAUUGAAUGGCAUACCGGAUUGGGUGUACGAGGAGGAAGUAUUCAGUACAAACAUCGCAACAUGGUUCAAUCCGACUGGCACACAUAUCGCUUUCAUUAAAUUCGACGAUUCACCAACACACGCCAUGCAAUUGCCCAUCUACGGUGAGGCGAACGAUCCACGCUUUCAAUAUCCACUCGCGAAAAUUGUACCCUAUCCGAAGGCGGGCUCCCCGAAUCCGCGUGUCAGUCUCUUUACUGCCGAUUUGGCGCGCGCGGCAAAAGGUUUAGAGUUUCUCACGCAGAUUCCGGUGCCCAGCUCAUUGAACACGGAGACCGACUAUAUCAUAUCGGCGGUCGAGUGGUUAGAUAACGAGCGUGUCCUCUCUGUUUGGAUGAAUCGUAUACAGAAUUUGGCAUAUCUGCAAGUAUUCGACGGGUUGCGUCGUUUGGAGAUCUUUAAUAUUGAAUCAAAGACUGGUUGGGUGAACUUAUUUACACCACCCUUCAAAAAUCGUGACGGUUCACGCAUAGCACUUGUACUGCCACAACUACAAGAUGAUCAAACCCCAUAUCGUCAUAUCUGUACACUCGCCACGAAAUCAGCGGGCGGCGCUGUCGAGGUAUUGACGAAAGGAAAACUCGUUGUCGAAGGUAUACUACACUGGGAUGCGGCGAGCGAUGUCAUCUUCUACAUGGCCAACACCGAGCAACAAUCCCAAGUGGCCCAUGUGUAUGCAAUCAAAGCGGAAACCGGUCGUACACCACAGUGCCUCACCUGUGGGCUGCAUAUAUCGGGCGGUGUGCAGCAAACAUACUAUGAGGUCUCAUUUAGUGACGAACGUCAAAUGGCGAUCACAUCAGAUGGUCCUGGUGUACCGAUGACCGUUGUAUAUGAAUGGAGCUGGGAGAAUGAUCAAGUUGUGCUAAAAAAGGCCGUUGACUGGGAAGUUAACAGCGAACUGCAAGCCAAACUGAAGUUGAAGGCAAUGCCCACCCAAGAAAUACAUACCUUCCCGAUCGCGGAUAACUUUACUGCCAAAGUUUUGCUACAAUUGCCACCCAAUCUAGAUCGCAGUGGUAAAACGAAAUAUCCACUACUUGUAGACGUCUAUGGUGGACCCGAUUCUACCUCGGUGCUCGAUCGUUGGAUGAUCGACUGGGGCACUUACCUCUCAUCAAACCAGUCUGUGAUUUAUGCCAAAAUCGAUGGGCGCGGCUCUGGCUCGCGUGGCGAUAAACUUUUACACUCCAUCUAUCUUAAGUUGGGUACUCUUGAGAUUACCGAUCAAGUUAAUGUCACGAGACAACUUCAAGAGAAAUUCUCAUUUAUCGAUGCCAAUCACACCGGCAUCUGGGGCUGGAGUUAUGGCGGCUAUGCUGCCGCUAUGGCUUUGGCUAACGACGAUAGUCAGGUCUUCCGUUGUGCCGCUUCUGUGGCACCUGUAACCGAUUGGGCGUACUAUGAUUCCAUCUACACUGAACGCUAUAUGGGUUUACCGAAAUUGAACGAAGCCGGUUACUCAAAUUCGCAGCUCACCACACGCGCCAAUCGUUUGCGCGGCAAGAAAUUCAUGUUGGUCCAUGGCACUCUGGAUGAUAAUGUACAUUAUCAACAGGCUUUGAUUCUAGCGAAGAAUCUCGAAAGAUUGGACAUAUUGUUCAAACAGAUUAGCUACACUGACGAAGAUCACAGCUUAGCCUCCGUUCGUCCGCAUUUAUAUCAUUCGUUAGAUCGUUUCUUCGGCGAUUGCUUCGCCAACAAGCGAAUGAUGUCACGCUGGAACGGUAAAUGAUUGUACCGUUCAAACAAUAACAAUAACAACAACAACAAGAGGAUGAAAAAACAAGGUAUUUAGCGAAGGCAAAAUGAGAAAGGAGUCGUGGUAAGCAAGAAAAAAGAAGGAUAGAGACGAAAAAGCAACAAAAAAAAAACGCCAGACAAUUAAGGACAAUAUGGGUGUUAAAUAAUAAAAAAUUAACUAAAAUUAAAA